GUUUAGGAAAAAAUCCGACGGAUAAACGUUCAAAAUUAUGUGCGUUGGUCGAAACUACAACCCUGUUUAUGUAACGAAUUUCCGCCAAAAAAAGAAAAAACGUUACAUCACACAAUUUAACCAAAUGAAGAUUUCUAUUUUUUUUCUGACAGUCAAGUUAGGGCACACUAUAGGGGCGACAGCAUUGACAUCUCGCGUUGCUGUAAUAAACUAUAGGCCCGACUUUAAACCUUAAGAAAUUAUUAGUAGAAAAAAGGCAUUGGCCUCCAUUUUGAAUUCCAUUUUGACAAGUCGUUGGAUUGCCCUAUUUGCUGUUAGUUUAGUUUUUUUAGGUUAUGUUUUUGUCAAAAGCAAAAUAAAGUUUUAAAUUUAUAAAUUUUGAAUCAUUUUAUCAAUUUAACUAGUCAUGAAAUUCUUAUAUUUAAGAAAUAUAAAGUUGAAACUUUUGAUAAAUAAGCAAUUUUCUUUGAGAAAACGUUUUAUAUCGAGCCUAGGACUAUGGAACGAAGAACUCUCCUCGGAAAUCAAACACCAAAUAGAAGGCCACUGGAAAGAUAAAAUAACUGAAAAACCUUUCGACGACAAAGACGAGUCGAGAGAAAAAUAUUAUGUCUUAUCAAUGUUCCCAUAUCCAUCAGGUUUUUUGCACAUGGGGCAUGUUAGAGUCUAUACCAUUAGUGACACUGUAGCCAGAUAUCAAAGGAUGAAUGGUAAAAAUGUAAUACAUCCAAUAGGAUGGGAUGCUUUUGGUCUCCCAGCAGAAAACGCUGCCAUAGACCGGCAACUAGCUCCAGAAGACUGGACCAAUAAAAAUAUAACUCGUAUGAAACAGCAACUUAAACAAUUAGGCUGUAGUUUUGAAUGGGAUAGAGAAUUAGCAACUUGUGAUCCAGGAUAUUAUCGCUGGACUCAGGAGCUGUUUUUAAAACUGUACGACGCUGGGUUGGCUUACCAGAAAGAAGCUUUGGUUAAUUGGGAUCCCGUGGAUCAAACUGUUUUGGCUGAUGAACAAGUUGAUGAAAAUGGGUGCUCUUGGAGAUCCGGAGCAAAAGUUGAAAAAAAAUUAUUAAAACAAUGGUUUAUAAGAACCACAAAAUUUGCCCAACCACUCUAUGAAGGUUUAAAUGAUUCAAUAUUGCAAGAUUGGCGCGAUAUAAUCAAACUUCAAAAGCAUUGGAUAGGCGAAUGUAAUGGGGUUAAUUUUAAUUUUAAAAUCCAAAAUUCAGAUAACUUUGUAACAUUUUGGACUUCAACUCCAGAGUUUAUUGAGGAUGCUCGCUUUGUUGCUAUCAAAGACAGUCAUAUUUUAGCACAAAAAGACAGUAUUAAGGUACAAGAGGGCACAGUGCAGCUUAAAUGUAACCUUGUUAAUCCUUUUAAUAAUAAAUUACUUCCUGUAUUUGUAACAGACCAAAUUGAGUUUCUAGAACACACUGAUAGUUUCAUUGGUAUCCCAUCUAUAUGUGACAAAUCAGCUAAUUUUGCUACUAAACACAACAUAUUAUUUGAAAAAAAUUAUUUCACUGAUAAAGUUGAAGAGAAACAAAAAGAAAUUUGUGAAAAAGCAAAUAAAAUAAAUGCAGGAGGUUAUUGGUCAAGUGCUAAGCUGAGAGACUGGUUAAUCUCAAGGCAAAGGUAUUGGGGAACGCCUAUACCAAUGAUACAUUGCAAAAGUUGUGGUACUGUUCCAGUAAAUCGUGAAAAUUUGCCUGUUAAGUUACCCAAACUAGAUAAACUUUCACAUAGAGGACGGUCACCUUUGGAAGAUAUUUCUGAGUGGGUGAAUACUUCAUGUCCUAAAUGUGGCAAUGCUGCUAAAAGGGAAACAGAUACUUUAGAUACAUUUGUGGAUAGCUCCUGGUAUUUUUUAAGGUAUCUAGAUCCAAAUAAUCUGAAAGACAUGUUUGAUAAGGAUAGAGCUUCCAAAAUGAUGCCUGUUGAUUUGUACAUUGGAGGAAAAGAACAUGCUGUUCUUCAUUUAUACUAUGCAAGAUUUAUUAGUCAUUUUUUGCACUCUUUGGGUCUGUUACCUGAAAGAGAACCAUUCAAACGACUUUUAGUACAAGGCAUGGUAAUGGGUCGUAGCUAUAGAGUAAAAGGUAGUGGUCAAUAUCUUCCUGAAGAUAAAGUUAAAAUUCUAGAUUUGAAAAAGAAUAAAGCAAUUGCCAAAGAUACUGAAGAACCUGUUGUAAUAUCGUGGGAAAAAAUGAGCAAAUCAAAACAUAAUGGUGUAGAUCCAGAAGAUAUGUUUAGGGAGUAUGGAAUUGACACUACUAGACUGCUUAUUUUAGCGGAUGUAGCCCCUACAUCGCAUAGAAAUUGGAAUUCAAAUACGUUUCCUGGUAUUAUCAACUGGCAAAAACGUCUUUGGUUGACGAUAAAAGAUUUUAUAAAGCACCGUGAAAGCCCCCCAGAAAUGAUCGCCGAAGACAAAUUCAAAGCCCAAGAAGAUUAUUUGUGGGAUUCAAGAAACUAUUAUAUUAAAGGAGCUUCAUUUAAUUACGUGAUCUCUCAGCAAAUAAGCGUUGCUGUCUCUAAACAACAAGGGUUAACUAACAGUAUUAGGAGGGCUCCUCCAGCAGUUUUUAGUCACAGUCUUCAAUUUGAAAGAGCCUUAGCAACUCAAAUUAUUCUUCUAGCUCCUUUAGCACCUCAUUUUGCCUCUGAGCUGUGGGCAGGUUUUGUAUCAGCCCCGAACAGACUCAAUAACUCAGGAGAAAUUCUUUGGGACAAAAACGUAUUGGAGCAAAAUUGGCCUGAAACUGAUAUGGAGUAUGAACUAGACCUGGUUUGUCAAGUGAAUGGCUAUGAAAAUUGUACAGUGAAAUAUCCAAGAAAGGAUUUGAUCAAAUUAACCAAAGAAGAAGCCAUUCGUGUUGCAAUGGGACAACAGGAAGUGCAAAAUACUUUGAAAGUCAGGAAUAUUUUGAAUGUUGACUUCAAGAUAUAUGAUGGAUUUGAGGGGAUUGUUAAUAUUUUGACUGAUCAACCAGCCCCAAGGAAAAACAUAGAGACCACAUAGAAUUAAAUUUAGGUUUUCUUUUUUGAUAUGUUUUGUUAAUAAUUUUUUCAACAAAUAAAUGUUUCUUUA